AUGUAUGAGGAAUGGUCCACCGUACACCUUUUGGAGGAGCCCGACUUUGCAGUGCCCAUAAAUAAUUUAACAGUUCCCGUGGGAAGGGAAGCUAUUCUGUCCUGCACAGUCAAUAAUCUGGGGAAAUACAAGGUUGCAUGGGUCCGAUCGGAGGACCAAACCAUAUUAAGCCUACAUACCAAAGUGGUGACUCACAACAGCAGGAUUGGGGUCACCCACGACAACAUGAGCACUUGGCAGCUACGUAUCAGGCAGCUGAAAGAGUCCGAUCGAGGAUGUUACAUGUGUCAGAUUAACACUGCUGUAAUGAAAAUUGCUGAAGGAUGUUUGGAUGUUUAUGUGCCACCUGAUAUUAUUAACGAAGACACGAGCGGCGAUCUAUCUGUCUCGGAGGGUGACAACGCAACCCUUUGGUGCAAAGCCACUGGUCAUCCGACGCCCCGGAUAGUGUGGAAAAGGGAAGAUGGACAAUCGAUUGUACUUAGGAAAGGCCCCAGGGAGUACGCCAAAGCACGUAACUUUGGUCUAAAAUUGAGUAUUAUCGGAAACCAAAAUAACCCCGAACAUUAA